AUGGUCGAAAGUGGUGUCCCCCAGGGUUCGGUACUGGGACCCAUUUUGUUCCUUAUCUACGUGGACGAUGCCGGAAGAGAUUUGGACUGUGAAGUAGCAAUGUUUGCGGACGACAAGAAGAUAUGGAGUGUAAUUCGUGGUCCUGCCGAUGAAGACAGACUGCAGAUGAACCUGAAUCGGUUGGAGGAGUGGUCCAACCGUUGGCUCCUGCGGUUCAACGUUGCCAAAUGUAGCAUACUUCGCCUAGGCAACACAGCCAGAUCCGCCAGCACAAUUCAAUUCAAUUCAAUUAUUUUAUAAAAGACCCGUCGGGGUCCCAUCAAAGCAAGUAAAAAUAAAUUUAAAUGCAGAUUUUAGACGAUGUAGGCAAAAUCUGCACAAAGUGCAAUGCAUAGUUUUUGAGGUUAGAAGUCCGUUAAGCAAAACGAAAAUGAAAAAAAAAACGAGGGGUGAAAAAAAACUCCAAAGCAAAAUUUAAAAAUGAUUGUAGUAAUUUAACAGGAGAAAAAAAACCCUCAGAAAAAUAGCAUCAGAAAAAAAAGGGAGAAUUGGCCUGCAUGUGGCGGUACAAAAUGGAAUAAAGCCCGACAUCAACAUGGCCGAAAUAGAUGUCAGCUGUAUAUGGCAUUGUGUAACGGAUUUCAUAAAAUGGUACGUAGGCGGGUCGGUCAGGACUGGCCUGUAUCGCCUUGAAUAAGAAAAAUAAGUGGCGAAAUUGAAAAACAGUCUCGAGCUGAUAGGAACCCAGAGACGGUCAGUUUCAUUCAACCGAGUCCAUCCGAACAUGGGGUGAGAUGCGACCAGACUACUAGUAUAUGGCGAAUAUAGAAGGCUUUGUCAAGACCGCCGAUGGAGCGCAUUCUGUAAGGGCAUGAUGACAACCAGUCACGAGGCGACAAGAACCCAGAUGCGGUCGGUUUCAUUCAACCGAGUCCAUCCAAACAUGGGUGGAACAUGGGGGGAAGGGAGAUGCGACCAGAUUACUAGUAUAUGGCGAAUAUAGAAGGCUUUGUCAAGACCGCCGAUGGAGCGCAUUCAGUAAGGGCACGAUGACAACCAGUCUCGAGGCGACAAGAACCCAGAUACGGUCGGUUUCAUUCAACCGAGUCCAUCCGAACAUGGGUGGAACAUGGGGGGAAGGGAGAUGCGACCAAACUACUAGUAUAUGGCGAAUACAGAAGGUUUCGCCAAGAGCGUCGAUGGCGCGCAUUCUGUGAGGGCACGAUGCAUGAACUAAAAAAUUGGAAUAAUUAACAUUUCUGGUGAGGGAUCUUAGGUAGCGAGACUACUCAUAAAGAAAGGAAACGUGAACAGAUACGGAAAUUUAAUAGCGGCAUGCUAAAUUCCCGGUGGCCCUUUCUCAGUGUCAUAGAAAAAGUUGUCUGGGAAGGAUGAGGAAAAUAAAAGUUUAAUCGAGUCAGUAUUCAGAUAAAUGCGUAGCCUUCUCUUAAAGGUGUGUAGAUUUUCUGAAGAUCUUAUAUUUAUUGGAAGGUUAUUCCAGAGGAAAGUGUACCUGGAAGCGAAAAAAGGGAGCGCUUAGAGGUGGAGGACGCUGGAAGAGGUAUAAUUAGAGACGAGUUGCGAAGAUUGUAUGGGCGACUACUAGGGGUAAGUGUUGAAAUCCGAGGAAAAUUUGAACUAUGAUUAAUGCGAAAGAGGAGACAGAGGCCCGCUUCUAGUCUUCGAACCCAUAAAAAUUUUAGGUUAGUUAGUUGGCACCUAUCUGAGUAGGAGAUAUUGGGAUGUUCCCUAUCCAAAAGUUUUUUUGAAAAACGUCUUUGGACAUUUUCAAUUUUUAAACGACUGGCUUCAUUCAUCAAACCAAAGAAUGGGCAACAAUACUCGAGAAUGGGAAGUACAAACAUACGAUAGAGCCUUAAUUUAAUUUCAGGAAGAUAGAAAUUGUAAGAAAUACAGCCACAAAUCUGGGCAGCUUUGGUUGUAAUUCUGUCAGCGUGCGGCGAGAGAUCAAGAUUACUAGUGUAGCUUAAACCUAAAUCCUUGAUGGUGGUACAUUCAGUCAUAGGUGUUGCUUGAAAGACCACAGGUUGGGGUAGCCUAUCAGGUGCAGCCCUACAAGAGGUCGAAGCCCAAAAGGACCUCGGUGUGCUUACGACGAGUUCCCUAAAACCAUCCGCCCACUGUUCGAGGGUGGCAAAAACCGCAAUGUCCGUACUGUACGCCAUCAAGCGUGCGUUUAUGGACUUUGACGAAGAAGCCUUCUCUAAGACAUUCGGAACAUUCGUCCGGCCGCAUUUAGAGUACGGCAUACAAGCUUGGAGGCCGUGGGGUGUUGUGGAUCAAAACUGCCUCGAAAGAGUCCAGAGGAGAGCCACGAAGAUGGUCAGGGUUCAAAGCUCCUUUCCUUAUGCGACCCGCCUAGUAAAUCUGAACCUCUUUUCUUUGAGUUACAGGCAACUUCGCGGAGAUCUCUUGCAAGCCUUCCGCAUUGUAAAGGGGUUGGAUUGCAGUCUGGCCUUCGAGGACUUUUUUGAAUUUGCUACCACGACCAACCUCCGAGGUCACCCGUUAAAACUGCGCACACAGCAGGCACGGCUGGAUGUGCGGAAGUUCUCCUUCUCGGUUCGGGUGGUCAAACAGUGGAAUGAGCUUCCCGCAGAUGUUGUGAUGUCACCAUCUAUACAAAGUUUUAAGAAGAAUCUGGACAUAUUUAUGUUCCGAAAUGACCGAGAGCGAUGAGAAGUCGAGCUCACCCCCUGUAACUCCUUCUCAUUUUGUCCCACCAUUAUGGGCGUGUUCGAACUAUUUCAGCCCAGAACAUCUAUCUGUACACCACACAUUUUUUACGUUGCAAAUUGGGUACUCAAUGGCUUACGCCUAUUUCCCUCAAUAAACUGAACUGAACUGAACUGAACUGAACCGUCUCGGGCAGGUUACUCCACGGUUCUAAGACACGGUUGGAGAAAAAAUAUUUUCUCACAUUCAGUCUACCCUGUGGCACACGUAGCUUGAAGGGAUGUCCCCGGAGGUGAGUUGUAGUGGCGAGUUGGAAAAAGUCAUCGCGCCGAAGGGCACAAUCCAAGCCGCGCACGAUACGGAAAGUUUGUAUCAUGUCUCCGCGCAGCAGCCUAUAACUCAGAGGAUAGAAAUUAAGGUUAGUUAAGCGGAUCUAGUAUGGCAGUGCGCUUUGACCUCAUAUUAAUUUUGUUGCUCGUCUCUGCACCCUUUCGAGCAGAUCGUAAUCCUGAUGCAUCCACGGUCUCCAGGCCUGAAUUGCACAUUCGAGAUGGGGCCUUAUAAACGUGCCGAAGACUUUGGUGAAGCAGUCUUCAUCGAAAACUACGAAUGCCCGCUUGAUGGCAUAUAGCAUUGAGGUUGCGGCCUUGGCCGCCUUACAGCAUUGUGUACAAGGCCUUAGGCUAUCUGCAACCCAAACUCCGAGAUAUUUCUGAGUUUCUGCUUCUCGGUGUGGCAUUCCGUUCAGAUGGUAUUGCCGCGUACUAGGGCUCUGAUUUCCGAGGCGCAGUAUGGUACACUUGUUCAAAUUGAAGGACAAGAGCCAUCUGCGGGACAACUCGUCCAAUCGACAAAGAUUUUCUUGGAAGUUGGUCUCAUCGGCGGCAUUCUGGAUGACUUUCCAGAUUUUUAUGUCGUCCGCAAACAUGUCGCAAUCGCAGUCCAACCCAUCUACACAAUCAUUGAUGAACAAGAGAAAGAGAGUUUGUCCGAGCACCGAACCUUGUGGGACCCCACUCUCUAUGAAUGUGCACCUUGAUUGCUGUUGUUCUACGCAGACAAUUUGGGAGCGGCCGACAAGGAAAUUUUCGAUCCGUUUGAGAAGUUUGCACCGAUGCCCAUAAUUCUCAACUUGUGUAGGAGACGCUGGUGCGGAACACUGUCAAACGCCUUCCGGAAAUCAAUAUAGGCAACAUGCGCGGUGUGUUUUGCGUCCAGUGGUCGUGUCCAACUUUGCAUUGUGUAUAGCAAGUUCGUAACACAUGAUCUUCCCCCACGGAAACCAUAUUGUGGAUCGGACAAGAGGUUGUGGGUUUCCAAGUUAGUCAUCAACUCCUUCUUGAUGGUUGUGGGAAGGGAGCUGACAGCGAUGUGAAAACAUGACUACGGUUAUUUUCAUCGACACGCGGUUGCACCACUUCCAUCCUGGGUCCACGCUAAUGGCGUUCACCUGAUAAAAAGAACUUUAUCAAAUCCCUGGUCUAAUCCACAGUUGCUUGAACUUAAUCGCAUCGCGGGUUUGUUUCUGCCGGAUGGCCAAUCACAUUUGCCCGAACGGGCAGCUGAAGAGGAUGAGUACAGAUCGAGAGCAUACCAUUUUUUACGGUAAGUCACAAUCAAUGAUAUCAAAAUAGUAACAUAUUAGGUAUCAUACUCUCUCUGAUUAUAAGAUAAUGUAGGUAGAUUGGCCGAUCGAUUUGUAUACUCCUAUUUAGUCUGGCAUAGCCUUUAAGCCGUCUCAUAUGGUCUUACGACAAUUAAUGUGUAUUUUUAGAAGGUUUUUAGUGUCUGCUGAGUUAGUUUAUGAGAAUGUGAAGAAGAGAGAAGAAAGCAUAUCUGUAUUUACGGCAUACUUAUGCAUUACGCCGUCCAUCACAUAUUUACUUGUUUUUUUUUCAAGGUCAUAUUCUAGCAUCACUCUAGUGACCGGGAUCACUAGAGUCCUUUCAAACCAAAUGUUGUACCGAAGAACUGACUUAGGAUGAGUUUGUUCAUAUUUAACAAUAAAUGUCUAUUACAGUUUAAGGGAAAUUAAUCGAUUUUUAUUUUAAAUAUUAUUAGGCUUUGACCUUUUAGAAAAGGAGUUGGAAGGGCAUUCCACAUAGUCACAUAUCUUAUGGGAUGUAUUUUUGAUCGUCGACCCUUUGUGGACUUAGGAUUCUUGUAAUGCCCUCGUUAUUUCUAAUGAUUUUAUGAAUGCUAUGGUUUGUUAGUAUAUGCAUUUUGAGAAUAUCUUGGCACGCGUGAUUUCGAACAGGAAAUUAAAGAAACUUGACAGUCUUCUUAUCCACAGGGGUCGAAAACCGUAUUUGCUGUACUGUCCCAAAUAAGAAACUGGAAUGUCAUCAAAUAUAAACAAAGAUUUGGCUUAGCAUCUCUAAGUACCUCCUAGGUUCUUUCGACUGUCUAAGGGCAUUAUGUAAAAGAAAAUUGUGCAGUAAUCUAGGAGCGGUUGAGGGUAGAUUUUAUAAAGUCGUCUUUAGUGCAUUUAACGUGGAAUUUUCAUAUAUGAAACCGCACAGGUGAGUGGCUUCGGUGACAAUUGUUUAACAUGGGGAGAGGGGAGUGGGGAGGUCGAAAGUAUGUGUAUAACUCAGGCCCAAGUCAUGUGUUGGUUGGGCUUCCAUUAUUUCAUUACCCUCGAAAAUUUUGAGGGAAGUAUUUGUGGACCAAAUGUCAGCAGAUGGCAUUUGCCAUUGACUGCUAUAUUCGCUACGUUUAUAAGAUCGAUUUCAAUUGUUCUGUACAUACUGGCUACUGAGUGCUCAGUAUAUUCAUAUGCGAGUUUAAGGUCGCCGUCAUAUAAAAAUGACGUAGGCGGGAUUGAUAUGGGCGAUAAGUCGUUGUUAAAUUUGAGAAAUAAAAUGGAACCUAAGAUAGUGUCCCAAAGUACGCACUGAUUAUAUGAGACAGUUCCAUGACCAUGUAUUGCUUUUAUACUACCUGAUAUUAAUUUUUAAGUUUGCAUUUGAAAAGAUCGAGGAGAGUGUGUCGAAUUUCAUGACUCACUAGCUUUAUUAUUAAUUUUUUAUGGGGAACUUUGUCAAAUGUAUUGUUAAGAUGGAAGUAUGCUGCAGCUACCGUGUUACCGUCAUCUCUGUUGCUAAAUAAGAAUUCUAAAAAAAGUGAGAUGGCAGGACUGACACGACUUUUUAGGUAAAAAGGCAUGCUGAGAGUGUUUUUUUAAGUGGUUUAGCAUUUGUUUGUAAACGAGUUUUUCGAGGAUAUUUGCUAUUACCGCUGUUCGGUGAACACCACGAUAGCUUUGGGUAUCAGGUCGGUUUUCAUGUUUAAGGAGUGGUGCAGUGAUCGCAUAUUUUGAAAUGUCAAGAGAAGUUGCAUUUGAUUGGACUAAGACGGAUAGCAUAGAGGGGGUAUUGGAACGUUCAUUAUAUGCUUCAGUAUACAUUUUAGGAUUCCAUCUGUUCCAUAAACUAAAUAAAUAAAUAGAUUAUUUUAUUGAGUACCCGGAGGAUAAUUCGCAGCAAGUAAAAAUAAAUUUUUAAGUCAAUUUUAGAACAAGUAGGCGGAUCCUUCACAGAACUUAGUUCGCGGUCCUAGAAUAUGCAGUCAGUUAAUAAAAACGAACUGUGAGCAAUGAGAAAACUCCUAGUGAAAACGAAAAAAUGAAUAUGAUACAGACCUGGUCUGAAAUACUGGUCUGGAAUACUGUUCGUUUUCAUUUAGCCUCAUGCGUGCUACUGAGCGGAAGAAAAUAGAAUCCGUUCAACACUUUUUUACUAAGAGAAUUUUAACCCCGGAACACCGACAUUUGUCUUACCAAGAACGUUGCCGGCUUACAGGCCUCGAUCCUUUAUGGUUCCGUAGAUUACAAAAGGGACUAUUUUUGCUAUUUAAACUCUUAUAUAAUGACACAUUUAACCCGCUCUCCUCCUUAAGACAUCAUAUCCACCCACGACGUAACAGUCACCAUGAGGUCUUCUUAUUUCUGCCUCUGGCACGUACUGUUAAAUAUCGUCGGUUCUUUUCUGUAAAUGCAAUUGCCAUUUGGAAUAAACUACCCAUGAGUGUGAAAACUCUGCAAAAUUUUCCUUUAUUUAAGAGAACUAUUACUCGAUUUUUGCAUUCAGAAAAGCUCCCACAAAUUUUGGGUGCUGAAUCUACUGAUCGACUGUACCGUAGCGAUGGCGUUUGUGGUCUCUGAACACUAUGGCCGGUCUCACCAGCUGUUCCUCAACGCCUCUACUUUGACUAUCCCCAACUUCAUGAAAGGAAUUUGACGUCCGAUAAUCUCCGAUACCGUGCAACCUCCCCCCUUCUUGACGGUCGAUAUUCUACCACCGCAGACAGUUUUUUCUCCUGAGCCCUCCAAACCACAAAAACCACCAUCAACUAUAUUUUUAUGCCUUAAGCUCAGGAGUUUUUUUCACUUCUGGUCGGAUUUGUGUUUAAUCGCUUCCCUUGACAAUGCCUGUAAACUGGCAUUAAAUUAAAAAAUUUAAUUAAGACGUCCUUAAUCAAAAAUUCAACAAUUCACACCCCUCGCUAACGUUCUCUGCAGAGGUUGAGGCAAACAAUUAAAUCGCGUUCCUCGACGUUCUUCUGCACAGACAAGAGGAUGGGUCUAUCCAACAUAGGGUAUUCCGAAAGAAAACCUGGACGGGACAAUACAUUAAUUUUCACAGUUUUAUUCCCCUUAAUAUUUAACGCACUUGGGUCCAGGGAUUGGCAGCCAGAGUGCGACGUAUGCGCUUUCCUGAGACUGUGGAGGCAUAAAUCCAGCAGCUGCGGGAUACACUCCACGAAAACGGAUACCCAGAAAGAUUUAUCCUUCGAAAUAUAGGGGAGCGCACUGCAAAGCCUACCAUGGCAACUGCAGAAAACAAGGACUUAUUCAUAAGGCUGCCUUUUCAAGGGGACGCAGCAAGUGAACUAGUAAGAAGACGUCUGAGGGCAGCGAUCACUAGCGCUUUCCCCGCGGCGAACUUACGUGUGUGUUUCACUAACUUCCCCCUCCUACGCUUGGGAGGUAAAGACCGACUCCCGUUGCAGGCCACAUCGAUAUGUAUUUAUUCAUUCACUUGCUCCUGUGGAGCGGGAUACAUUGGCCGUACAAAGAGGCGCUUGGAAAAGAGAGUACGUGAACACAUACCGGCCUGACUAGGCAAAGGUGAGAAGAAAUCGAUACCGAGUUCUAUUCUCGCACAUCUUGUCGAUACGAAUCACCGAGAGGAUGCCAAAGAAGCCUUUCAGGUUGUGUACCGGACACCAGCAAGCUUCUCCAGAGGCCUACGCCAACGGGUGCUAGCUACGGCCGAGGCAGUGGCUAUACGACUAGGCAAUCCAGUGCUAUGCUGUCAGAAGACUCCGACACAGGCGCUCUGUCUUCCGUGGCCGACGCCGACCCCAACGUCGCACUAGCCUCCUGAUGCCAGGGUGUGUUUACAAGGUACCCGACGUACUCACAGCCUAUGGUCCCCCUCUCCCUCGCCCCCUUAACCCAAUGACCACGACACGCCGACCACGCCAUAGCACGCCUCGUCAUGCGAGUGGCGUGAGGACGAUGGAUGUUAAUUGUCCCCGAAUCAUUUAUAAGUCAUGUAAUUCGCAUAACUUAAACUUCUUUGUAACCAUUGUGGCCUGAUGAAGAGUUACUGAAAACACAUGUUCGCCAAUUUGACUGUUGGAAUAUGAAAUCGUCAACUUUUAAGAAGAAGAAGAAGAAGAAGAAGAAGAAGAAGAUGAUGAUGAUGAUGAUGAUGAUGAUGAUGAUGAUGAUGAUGAUGAUUAUGAAGAAGAAGAAGAAGAAGAAGAAGAAGAAAAACUGCCGCUCAUGGAGGAGUAA